AUGGAGCCGGCGGCAGCGCGGCAGCGGCCCGCGGUGGACCCCAGGCUGAGCGGCAGCGGUGCCGUAAAACCGCGGGUCAGUUGCAGCCGGGAACUGGAACUCAAAACUACCCUGCGGGAGCUGGUCAUCUACAUUGUCUUCCUGACGGACCUCUGUAUAGUGACGUUUGGUAUGGUGAACAUGGAAAUGUACUACCUGAACAGAGUCAUGUCCUAUGUCUUCCUGGAGAACGACUCUGAGGACGGUAGUGGUGGUUUCAGCACUAUUGGGAACAAAGAUGAUUUCUGGAGGUAUGCAGAGGGACCCUUGUUGGAUGGACUCUACUGGGACAAAUGGUAUGACAACACGACGUUAACCAUCCAGAACAACAGGAGCUAUAUUUACUAUGAGAAUUUGCUGCUAGGAGUACCCCAGAUUCGGCAGCUGAAAGUACGCAGCAACACUUGCUCCAUCUACCCAUAUUUCCGUACUUUUUUAGAAGACUGUUACAGUGACUAUAAUUACCGAGCUGAAGACAGGUCUGAUUUUGGUCUAGGGAACGAAUCUGAGUGGAAAUACACCUCGGCCCGCUCGUUAUCCCCAUGGUACUGGGGAUCUAUGGCCUUGUAUGGCAGUGGAGGAUAUAUAUUCACCUUACCUAAAUCAAAGAAGGAGAGCAUGGAGAAGUUGCAGUUUCUCAGGCAGAACGGCUGGCUCACUAGAGGAACCAGGGUUAUAUUUAUCGACUUCUCAACAUAUAAUGCUAACUUAAACCUCUUCUGUGUAAUCAAGUUGGUGGUGGAGUUCCCUGCUACUGGGGGUGCUCUCACCUCUUCACAUAUCUACUCUGUGAAGCUCCUCAGAUACGUCACGUAUUAUGAUUACUUCCUGGCUUCUUGCGAAAUCAUCUUUUGCCUCUUUAUUGUUGCAUUCAUAAUCCAGGAAACUCUAAAAAUUGUAAAACUGAAAAAGGACUAUUUCAGAAGUGCCUGGAACUGGCUGGAAUUGUUGCUGCUGGGGGCAUCCAUCCUUGCUAUCACCUUCAACAUCUACCGCACUGUAGAAGUGUCCCUGCUAAUGGAAGAGCUGCUCUCUGAUGCUCAUGUAUAUCCAGACUUCUAUUUCCUUGCAUUCUGGCAAGUCCGUUACAACAACAUGGUUGCUAUCAACAUCUUCUUUGCUUGGAUCAAGGUACUGAUAUUUAAAUAUGUAAGCUUUAACAAAACUAUGACGCAGCUGUCCUCCACUUUAUCUCGCUGUGCCAAAGACGUCAUUGGAUUUGCCAUCAUGUUCUUCAUCAUUUUCUUUGCCUAUGCCCAGUUAGGCUAUCUGGUCUUUGGGUCGCAAGUUGAAGAGUUUUCCAAUUUCCAAAACUGCAUCUUUACACAGUUUCGUAUUGUGCUGGGAGAUUUUAAUUUUGAGACCAUAGAAGAUGCAAACAGAAUCCUUGGACCUAUUUACUUCAUCACAUUUGUAUUUUUUGUGUUCCUCGUAUUGCUGAAUGUGUUUUUGGCUAUCAUAAACGACACCUAUUCAGAAGUCAAAGCAGCCUUUGAAGUGAUACCCAGUCAGGAACUUCAUAUUGGAGACUUCUUCAGACAGGGUUGCAAUAAGGCCCUUAUCAUGCUUAAGUUGAAGAAACCAGAGACGGGUACAAAACCAGCAGACGAGAGCUUGGAAAGAAAGGAUAGUUCUAAGCUUUCCAUUGGAGACAGCGUUAGUGAAAAGAACAUUCUGACAUUAUCAAGGCUACAGCGAGGGAAAGAAAAACUUCGUGACAAGUCUCCAUCUACUGAGGACGGGAACUCAGUCACAGCUGAGAGCUACGUCUCCAGUGCAGAAUUUCAGGAGCUCUUCAAGUAUGCUGCUGAGUUGGGGAGGGAAUUAAACAACACUAAUGUGCAACUCAGGAGAGUUAUGAGAAGCGUGCAAAAACUGAAGGCUUCUUCCAGCAAAACAGAACAGUAAAAUGCAUGAGCUUGUCUGGUAACAGAGAUG